AUGAUAAAUUUGGGGGAUGAUUGUGACUUUAUAUCUCGGGGAUACUUUAAAGACUCGCAGUGUGCUCCCGUCCAGGUGAAGGACUUGAGGCAGAAGGCCUUGUCGUACCGCCUUCGAGCUUGGGGGGCUAACUUCUCCAGGGACCACCUGAGCCAGCUGCUGUCCGAACACAACGCCCUGUGGGAGCCAUCGGACACCACCGACUCGGCGUCUGGCCCCCCCACCCCCCGUCCGACCUUUGACCUCUGUCGUGACCCUGAGAGACACAGCACUUCCCCUGUGGAGGCCCUGGACCUGGCCAGUAACUCCAGUAAGAGCUCCUCUGCUACGGGCUCGGGAAACAAAAACACAGAAACGAAAGCACAGACGCCUCCGAGUCCUCCUGCUGAGAGGCGUUCGGCCUGGGGAGAAGAAGAAGGAGGAGGACAGGAAGAAGAAGAAGAAGAAGAAGAAGAAGAAGAAGAAGAAAAAACAGAUGAGUAA